AUGUCCCUUUCUACUACCUUUGUCAGAAGGGCAACUCGGACAUCGGUAUGCUUUUCCGUUCACUUCUCUACGCAGACCGAUCAGUCUACGAAUCUGAAAGAAGUACUUGCCAAGAAAAUACCUGCUCAUAAUGCUAAAGUAAAGGAGUUUCGACAACAGCAUGCCAACACUGUGAUUCAAAACGUUACUAUCGAUAUGGUUUAUGGUGGAAUGCGUUCUAUGAAGGGUAUGGUAACUGAGACCUCUGUGCUUGACCCUGACGAAGGUAUUCGUUUUCGUGGAUAUGCAAUUCCUGAGUGUCAAAAGAUGUUACCGAAAGCUCCCGGAGGAGAAGAGCCUAUUCCUGAAGGGAUAUGGUGGCUUUUGUGCACUGGAGACAUACCAACCGAAAGCCAGACAAGUGCUAUCACCAAGGAGUGGAAUGCUCGGGCAGAUCUUCCAUCGCAUGUUGCUCGCAUGUUAGACAACUUCCCAGACAAUUUGCAUCCUAUGGCGCAGUUUGUUGCUGCUAUUGCAGCUCUCAACAAUGAGAGUAAAUUUGCUGCUGCAUAUUCCCGUGGUGUUCCCAAAUCUAGUUAUUGGGAGUACGCUUACGAGGAUUCUAUGGAUUUGCUUGCAAAAUUACCGACCGUGGCUGCAAUGAUUUACCGAAAUCUCUACCGUGAUGGAUCAGCUGUUGGAGUUAUUGAUCCUAAAAAAGACUGGUCAGCUAACUUCUGCUCUAUGCUUGGAUAUGAUGAUCCUCUGUUCUGCGAGUUGAUGCGAUUGUACCUCGUGAUCCACUCCGACCACGAAGGAGGUAACGUGUCCGCUCACACUUCACAUCUCGUUGGAUCCGCACUUUCCGAUCCUUAUCUUUCGUUCUCUGCUGCCAUGGCAGGACUUGCUGGUCCAUUGCACGGACUUGCUAACCAAGAGGUCUUGGUGUUCUUGAACAAAAUCGUAAGCGAGAUUGGAUUUAAUUACACUGAGGAACAGUUGAAAGAAUGGGUGUGGAAGCACCUGAAGAGUGGGCAGGUAGUUCCUGGUUAUGGCCAUGCUGUGCUUCGGAAAACUGAUCCUCGUUACGAAUGUCAACGCCAAUUUGCUUUGAAGCAUCUUCCCAAGGAUGACUUGUUUAAGCUUGUGUCAACUUUGUAUAAAAUUACUCCAGAUAUUCUUAUAGAACAAGGCAAAGCAAAGAACCCAUGGCCGAACGUUGACGCCCACUCUGGUGUGUUAUUGCAGUAUUUCGGCAUGAACGAAAUGUCGUUUUACACGGUUUUAUUCGGUGUAUCUCGUGCCCUGGGCUGCUUGUCGCAGUUGAUCUGGUCUCGAGGUAUGGGUCUACCGCUAGAAAGACCGAAAUCUCACUCAACUGAAGGUCUUAUGAAACUUGCUGCUGCUGCGAAGAAGUAG